AUGCAAAGUCAUACAAAUGGUUCAGGAACACAUGUUCUUCACCCUGUAGCGCCAGCUCCAAUAAGUAACCCACUUCCAACACCAGUAAUUCAAGCAAGACAUCAGCAAAGUCAGUUAGAUGAAAUUUUGAACCAAGCGUCUUCACCAAAUCCAUCAAAUAUCAGUCUUUUGUCACGUGGAUUGCAGCUUUUGUCUAUUAACCAGCUACGCCAGCUUCUUAGAGAAUAUUCGUUCCCUACAGGCGGAAAUAAAAGAGCUCUUGUACAGCGCUUAAUCAUGUUUUUAGAAACAAUCGGUCCAAAUCAACAAAAUUUAUUAGUUCAAUUCUCUCUCAAGCUCAAAAAACUUUUAUCUAUUGAGUCGCCAUCGGGAGAAGAUCAACAGCAUAACGAAGCACCUACGUCAUUACUCCCUCCAGAAAUAUCGGACAAACUUGUGCAGCAUCCACCUUCGAUUUUGUUCGAUAUAACAGACAAACAACCAAUUUAUGGGCCUUCAAUGCUUCAACCAAACUUCCCAAGUGAACUUCAAGAGAUACCUAAUGGUGGAUAUAAUGGAUAUGUGCCAAUUUUUCAAAUUGCAUCAGUUUUUCAGGAUCAUCCAAUCAAAAAAGUUCUUUUGUUUAUAAACGAACAAUAUGUUACAUUGCAAGAACCAAGGUUUUGGUUCCAAUUACCAACAAUGUCUAAUAAAAGCAUUAGUUUCUCAGUGCAGUCAGUUGAACCAGCAAAUUAUCCAAUUAUUAUAGUUGUAAGGCUUCUAAAGAAAACACCAAUAUCAACGUUAAUUGAAAAAGUUCUAGAAAAGGGUCCUCCACCAAGUAUUCAUUCAGAAGUUCCACUAAGAGGAAUUUGUCCAUUAACUCAUAAGAUCCUCCAACAACCAGCAAGAGGAGUUAACUGCUCUCAUGCCGAGUGCUUUGAUCUAUCUGGAUAUAUUUCAUUUGCUUCAAAAUUGGAUACUUGGAUUUGCCCAAUUUGCAAUUCUGAAUGCCAGUUCGAGGAUUUACGCGUUGACCCAGAAUAUCUUGCACAUGUUGGUGAUCAGUAA